UUCACACCGCCUCACCUCCACGGUGUCGUCUUGUUGGGAGUUAGCGUAAUCCCAACCAGGUGUUAUCGCUGGCCCGUUUUGCUUCUCACUCUCCUCCCGCUUGGCUAACCCUAGACGAGCGACUUGCAGAGUGCUUUUGCUCUCAGAGUGAGCCGCUGGUAGCAUGGCGCGGAAAGGAAGAGUCCCGGAAGCGCAAAGAAGCGCGGGGGAGGUGGAGACGCAGGCGGAAGCGGAGGCGGAGUUGGAGGGAGGCUCGGCAAGGGCGGAGGCGGCGGGAAGGGGACGCGCGGGGAUCCGAACAUGGGGUUGACUCGUGAAGACUUUGAGGACGAGAUCGACGACUUUCACAAGCAACGGGAUAUCAUUCCUCUUAACGCGGAUGAUGAUUUCGAGGAGGAUGAUGACAAUAUCGAGGCUGAUCUUAAUGCGGCUGUUAUGGACAUCAAGGGAGCCGAGGAGAGCGAGGAGGAUGACGAGGACGGUUUUGAUGAUGAUGAUGAUUUUGACGAGGAUGUGGAGGCGGAUAUGCAGCUAUCAGGCCUCGCUGCUAAGAUGGAGAAGCAAGCCAAGUAUAUGAGGAUGAAGCUUGGGGGAGUGAAGGAGGAUGAGGAGGACGAGGGGGAGGAGGACGAGGGGAUGAGGAGGAAGGGGAGGGGGCGCUUUGGGGGCAGAAGAAGCGGCAAUACUACAGCGCGGAUAAUGUGGACUAUGAGGGAGGGGGCGGCAGUGGUGGAGCGAGUGGUGAAGGACGUGAGUCUGCUAACUAAAGAGGAGCAGAUGGCGGCACUCAUGAGCGAUGCCCCUGAGCUGGUGGGCCUGCUGUCUGACCUCAAGACCACCCUCAAGGAGCUCAACACUAAAGUGCUGCCGCUGCUGCAGCAGGUGCGGGAGGGGGAGUACGCAACGGAGAACGGAGUAUCCUACCUGGAGGCGAAGCACGGUCUGCUGCUGCACUACUGCUGCUGCCUGCUCUUCUUCCUGCUUCUCAGGGCGGAGGCAAGCCAGUGAGGGACCAUCCUGUGGUCUCACGACUCGUGGAACUCAGGCUCUUUUUGGAAAAGAUCCGCCCCAUCGACAAGAAGCUUCAGUACCAGAUCGAGAAGCUUCUCAAGCUGGCCUCAUCGGCCAAUCGCAGCGCGCCAUCUGGCUCGGCAGCAGCAACUGCAGCAGGAGCAGGAGGGGCGGGCGAGGCCGGGGCGGGAGGGUCGUUGGAUGAUCUGAGACACCGUCCGAACCCCAACCUCCUGGUGUCUAAGCUCGGAGGUGCUGGCGGUGGCAUU